CAACAACGUCUUUAUGUCCGAUUAAAGAUAAGCCACUGACGCCAUAAACGGAACCCAGAGAGAUCGAUCAUGGUGGCUGGUAAGGUGAAAAUGGCAAUGGGCUUGCAGAAGUCGCCGGCAAAUUCCAAGCAGAAGACUCCUCCCAAGCCGCCAUUAUCGUCACCAAGCUCAGCCGGGAAGAACAGUUCUCAGAAAACGGUUUUCUCGCGUUCUUUUGGUGCCUACUUCCCGCGGUCUUCAGCUCAGGUGCAGCCUCGGCCACCGGACGUCACUGAGCUACUCCGCCUCGUGGAGGAGUUGCGCGAUCGUGAGUCCAAGCUGAAAACAGAGCUUCUCGAGUUCAAGCUGUUGAAAGAAUCAGUAGCUAUUGUGCCUGUGCUGGAGAAUGAGAUUGAAGCAAAAAAUGUAGAGCUGAAGCGAGUCAUGAAAGGGAACGAGGAUUUGCAGUGUGAAAAUGAAGAGUUGAGAAAUGAGAUCGAGGAAAUGAAGGCAGCGAUUGAGGCAGAAACAAAGAAAAUGGAACAGAAAAUGAGAGAACUGGAAGCCGAGAUAGUAAAGUUGGAGGCAGAGAGAAAGGAAAGUGAAAAGAAACAGAGGCAAAUGGAAGUGGAGAGAAACGAAAGAGAAAGGAGAAUGAGGGAAAUGGAAAUGGAGAUCGCAGAGCUGAAGAAAAUGGCACCCGAAAAAAGCAGAGCUGAGAUUUCACCUGAAAGUGAAGAGAAUUCUUCUUCGCAGAGAUUUCAAGGUCUAACGGAGGUUUCUGUGAAAUCGAAUCUGAUUAAGAAUUUGAAGCGAACAAACAGCUCCAGGUAUAACGACAUUAGCUCAAAUUUGGAGAAUCAGAGAGCAGAGAACUCGGAUUUCAAGAGAGAAGAAACAGAGUGUGGUGAAAGACCUCGGCAUUCGCGGUGUAACUCGGAGGAACUCGCGGAGUUGUCGAAUCUCAGAUCUCGCGUUCCUAGAAUUCCAAAACCACCACCGCGGCCGUCAUCGUUAGGAUCACCUACAUCAACGUCUUGCGAUUCGACGGAGAGCAGAGCUUCAACAGAGAAGUCAGCUGCUCCGCCUCCUCCUCCUCCUCCUCCUCCUCCCCCGCCUCCACCUCCGCCAGCAGCAGCAAAAAAGGCUCCUCCUCCCCCUCCUCCUCCGCCACCACCGGUGAAGGCAGCACCUCCACCUCCUCCUCCUCCUUUGAAGGGAACAAGAGCGACAGCAGCGAAAGUGAGGCGAGUUCCUGAGGUGGUGGAAUUUUAUCACUCACUGAUGCGGAGGGAUUCACGUAGAGAUUCCGGAGGUGGCAAUGCGGCGGAGAUGUUGCCGGUAUCUGCCAAUGCACGUAACAUGAUCGGAGAGAUUGAGAAUCGGUCAGCUUAUUUGCUUGCGAUAAAGACAGAUGUAGAGACACAAGGAGACUUCAUAAGGUUUUUGAUCAAAGAGGUUGAGAAUGCUGCAUUUACAGACAUUGAGGAUGUUGUGCCUUUUGUUAAAUGGCUUGACGAUGAGCUUUCAUACUUGGUGGAUGAAAGAGCAGUGCUCAAACACUUUGAUUGGCCGGAACAAAAGGCUGAUGCAUUGAGAGAGGCGGCAUUUGGGUAUUGUGAUCUUAAGAAACUGGAAUCUGAGGCUUCAUCUUUUCGUGAUGGCCCCCGUCAACCUUGUGGUCCAGCUCUCAAAAAGAUGCAGGCCCUGCUUGAAAAAUUGGAGCAUGGUGUUUACAAUCUUUCGCGAAUGAGGGAAUCUGCUGCCAAGAGAUACAAAGGAUUCCAAAUCCCUACGGAAUGGAUGCUUGACACUGGAAUUGUAAGCCAGAUUAAGCUAGCUUCUGUAAAAUUAGCUAUGAAGUAUAUGAAAAGAGUCUCAGCAGAGCUUGAAACUGUCGGUGGUGGCCCGGAAGAAGAGGAAUUAAUUGUUCAAGGGGUCAGAUUUGCAUUCCGUGUACAUCAGUUUGCUGGAGGGUUUGAUGUGGAAACAAUGAGGGCAUUCCAGGAGUUGAGAGACAAAGCCAGAUCGUGUCAUGUACAAUGCCAAACCCAACAACAAAAAUUCAUUUGCAGGUCUACACCAUGCUAAUCUGUAGCAAACUCAGCUUCAGCAUUGCUAUCAGUUUUUGUUGUAGAGAUAAAACAUUAAUGUUUGUGAAUACAAUUGCCAUCUUGAAUUCAUAUUUAUUCGUAUUAGUCCAUCAGUAAUUUUCCUGUUUCUUUUCCUUGUACAUCUAAUGGGUUAUACAAUGAGGAACACCCUCGCCUUUCCCAAGCCUCUUCCUGGCCAUCUCAAGGUUGGAAAUUUUUUUGCAUAUAUCUUAUUAAAGGGUAAUCAAAUGGAAUUUCAUCU